CACGCCAAAUAAAAGGGAGGCUAAUCAAAAUGGAAUUUGAUCAAAGAGAUGUCAAACAGAAAGGGAUCCGUGGGACAGUUUUAGCUGUCGGAAUUGUUGCAGCGAUUGGUUUAGCCUCAUAUUACGCGAUUUACAAGCCACUAUUUCUUGAACCAGAAAAAUACAGGAAAAUACAGAGGGAAACCAGAAAGGACAUUGACCAAAGUAAAAUACAACCAGGAGAUAUGAAAGUUUGGUCAAAUCCUUAUGAGGUCAAGGAACAGAAAGACUAAUCUCAAUAAUGUGAUACUAAUUAGGGUGCAGACUAAACAAAAGCAGUUGUUUGAAGGAUAGACAUUUCACAAUGCCCCAUUGCAGCUGUGUGACGAUAGAUAUUUCUCAUUGCCAACUAUCAGCAGUAUGUACGAUGGACAUUUCACAUUGUCAACUAGCAGCUGUAUAACGAUGGAUGUUUCAUGUUGCCAUUUUGCAGCUGCAUAACGAUUGAUAUUUUCCAUUGCCAACUAGCAGCUGUAUAACGAUGAAUAUUUCACACUGCCAACUAGCUGCUGUAUUAAUGAUAGAUAUUUCACAUUGCCUCAACUUACCUGUAUAAACGAUGAAUAUUUCAAAUAGAGUCUGUGCAACUGUAUGAACAAAAAGUGUAUAGAAACGUGUGCAGUAAUUAACAUUUUUCAUCAGGACAGAAUGCAAUGGUUUUAGUGACUGUGAUCAAGUAUGUUUAUGGUUGACAAAAAUGUAUCUUGUUCAGUUUCGUUUAGUGUUUCUCUGAAGCUUUUUUGCUGAUGGAUUAUAGCUGAUACACAUUUAAUGUCAAGAAUUGUUGAAGUUACAAGUUAAGUUAUUUAAAUUGAUUAAAUUACUGCAUUAUUGUUUGUUAUCAAUCUUGCCUCAGACAUUUGAAUAACUUUAUUGUAAGAUUUGUUUGAUUUGAUUGGAGGUAUAUUAGCACACUUAGCAUGAUAAGAAUAUGAGAACUGUUGUAUUAUAUUUGUCAAAUAUUUACAUUGACAGUUAAAUAUUUAGCCCGCCCGCUUAGCUCAGUAGGUAGAGCGUCGGUCUACGGAUCGCGGGGUCGUGAGUUCGAUCCUCGGGCGGGGUGUAUGUUCUCCGUGACUAUUUGAUAAACGACAUUGUGUCUGAAAUCAUUAGUCCUCCACCUCUGAUUCAUGUGGGGAAGUUGGCAGUUACUUGCGGAGAACAGGUUUGUACUGGUACAGAAUCCAGGAACACUGGUUAGGUUAACUGCCCGCCGUUAUAUGACUGAAAUACUGUUGAAAAACGGUGUUAAACCCAAAACAAACAAACAAACAAACAGUUAAAUAUUUAGCUGAAAUUAUUGAAAAUGCAAGUUUGUAAAAUUAUUAUUACCUCCCAUGGACUACCGAAAUUGUAUUAAAAAAAUAGUCUGGUUGUCAUAUACAUAAGGAGUAGUGUUGGUAAUUUAAAUAUUUAAUAAAAAAAGACAAGACCUCCAUUUCCAGUUUUAUUCAUCAUGUAAACAGGAAAAUGUCAUGAAAUGUUGCCAGAAUGUGAUUGAAUGUUUCUGAUUUUCAAUUGUGUUGGCUUGUAACCUUUAGAUGUGACAUUUAAGUUCUUGUAACUCUAAUCGAUUUUAUAAUUGUUGAAUGCCUCAUUGUGGUAAUGAAACAUUUUAGAACAUGAAUUUUAACGAGAACGUUAAUGAGAUAAUUAUUUCAAAAAUGCAUAAUCAUAAUGUUGUUCAUAUUAAUUAUAUAUGCUAAUUAUUUGAUAUGUAAUGCUAGUGUUUGUUCUACAUCUAUAUGUUUUAAAACAUAGUCCUCAAAUCAGAGCUGUUUAGAAAACAUUUAGAUAAUUUUAGUGUUAUUGUGAUUUUUUGAGAAUGGUAUGUUUUCAUGUGAUUGUAUCUCUUGUCAUUACAUAAUAAUGUGAUAAAAUUAUUGAAAUAAAUUUGUUUUAAGUUUC